AUGUACGACAGAGGAGCGAAUUACGAGUCUGAAUCCCACAGACCGACCAUCAGAGCGCUGCUCGUCGUCGCAUAUUCCGUUAUUAUCAUCAUCUCGCUGUUCGGAAACGUGGUGGUUUGUCACGUUGUUAUUAAGAAUAAAAGGAUGCACUCAGUGACAAGUUUGUUCAUCAUGAAUUUAGCCAUUGCUGACAUUCUUAUAACUCUCCUCAACACGCCUUUUACACUGGUGGUGAUGCAUCCAAUGAAGCAGCGGAUGUCUCGGCUUCAGGGCAUAGCCUGGAUCGGUGUCGUCUGGGUCAUGGGGUCCUGCUUCUCUCUACCUCAUGCCAUCUAUCAGAAACUGCUGCGCUUUGAAUUUGUCAAUAACAGAGUGCGGAUGGUAUGUCUGCCCAGCUUUCCACAUCCCUCCGAUCUCUUCUGGAAGUAUCUGGAUCUUGCCACCUUUGUCCUGCUCUAUGUAUUGCCUUUAGCAAUUAUCUCCUUAUCGUACCUUGUGGUUGCCAAGAAGGUCUGGUUCCGGAAUGCUGUCGGUGAUGUCACGCUGGCUCAAUCGGCCGCUCAUCGCAGAAGGAAGAAGACAACUUUGAAAAUGCUAAUUGCAGUGGUGGCCGUGUUUGCAGUCUGCUGGUUUCCUCUAAACUGUUACAUUGUGCUGCUGUCAAGUAAAGUGAUCCAGGCUAACAAUGCCCUGUACUUCAUCUUCCACUGGCUGGCCAUGAGCUCUACCUGCUAUAACCCCUUUAUAUACUGCUGGCUAAAUCACAGCUUCCGUGCCGAACUCAGAGCCCUGCCUCUAAUUGGCCGUAUAGCCAAGGGAAAUGCCAUCCAGCAAGCCUAAGGAAGCUCCCAAGAUUUUGCCGUUCUAUUUUUUCUUUUAAAAUUCUGUUGUUUUUAUAAACGCAUAUUCACAUAAGAAAGCACUGUAGCAGAUCAUCUCUCUCACCU